UGGUCUCCCUGUCAGACCGCCAUAUCCCUAGAGGAGUGACAAGAAGACAAAGAAUUGAUCUGAUUGAAAGUUAGUGGACGUCGGUUCGAUCCUGACCCGUUCCAUGCGUCUAUGUGCUGGAGGCCGUCCGGCAGCUUGCACGAGUACCUACGCCUGUUGGUGAAGUGUAUGGCGAUGGCAGGCGCGCACCAGUACCAGAACAACGAUACGAGCAGCGACACUGAAGAUUACAACGCGGACGAUCGCAGGCGGCGCGUAUUCAAGAAUCGCUUGAGUUAUGGAUCGUGCUCGAAGCCGAAACCGUGCCUUGUCCAACGAUCCACGUCCCUCACAGACUCCCGGCCACACUCUGUACCUACGCCUAAGCAAUGUCACAACGCUCUUCGCAAUAGAUCGCGUACCCUGUUGCAAACGACGACCCAAAAGGCGGCGGCCGCCUCCGUAUCCGUCGUUUCCACUGCGGCCGCCACUGCGAACAUGCCCGCCGCUCAAAGCGAAGACCGGGUCACCCUUGUGGUCGACAACACCCGUUUCGUGGUCGAUCCAGCGGUUUUCGUCGCCCAUCCGAACACGAUGUUGGGCAGGAUGUUCGGCUCGUCGCUCGAGUUCACCCAUCCAAACGACAGAGGCGAGUACGAGGUGGCCGACGGGAUUCCGGCGUCCGUCUUCAGGGCGAUAUUGGAGUACUACAAGGGCGGAGUGAUCAAGUGUCCGCCUUCGGUCUCGGUGCAGGAGCUGAGGGAGGCUUGCGAUUAUCUGCUCGUGCCUUUCGAUGCGCAGACUGUGCGAUGCCAAAACUUGCGUGGUUUGUUGCACGAACUGUCGAACGAGGGAGCCCGUUGCCAGUUCGAGGUAUUCCUUGAGACACUGAUCCUGCCGUUAAUGGUGAACUCUGCGCAACGAGGCGACCGCGAGUGUCAUAUCGUCGUUUUGUUGGAUGACGACUCCGUCGAUUGGGACGAGGAGUAUCCGCCCCAAAUGGGCGAAGAGUACAGCCAAACGGUGAACAGCACAGCGAUGUAUCGUUUCUUUAAAUACAUUGAGAACAGAGAUGUGGCCAAACAAGUCUUAAAAGAUAGAGGAUUGAAGAAGAUACGACUGGGAAUCGAAGGCUAUCCGACGUACAAGGAGAAGGUGAAGAAACGUCCAGGCGGCCGUUCUGAGGUAAUCUACAACUACGUGCAGCGCCCGUUCAUCCACAUGUCUUGGGAAAAGGAGGAGGCGAAGAGUCGUCAUGUCGAUUUCCAGUGCGUCAAGUCGAAAAGCGUGACAAAUUUGGCCGAGGCGACGGCCGAUCCCGCUCUCGAACUGGACGGCAGAGGAAAUCCACUGCCGGCCGGCGGUGGAGGUGCUUUGGCGGGUGCAUUGGUCCAGGUGGAGCAGCCCGCCCUCGUCAUGGUGCAACCGUUGGAGGGAGCGAGAGGCGAGGGUGGUGACGUUGGAGAGGGGGCGGUUGGAGGUGAGCUGCAAGAUGCGUCCAAUGCAAAUCUGGAUGACGGUUUUUAGCCAUACACCAGUGACAACAAGAAAAGAUUGUUUAUUUUGUUAUUGGGUCGACGGGGCUUAUUUAAACGGUUCCAGAUCUCGUUUGGAGGAGAAUUUUAAAAAUUACUUGUUAUUUUGAAUGGUUAAAAGAAAUCGAGCCCCGCAAAAAGAAAUUUAAUUUCCAUUUACCCACAUUUUGUACCCAAACUAUCCAUAGUUCCUAAACAUCAUAUUUUAGAUGUUUAUGUAAUUUAUAUACAAGUCUUAUCACUGUCACUGUAUUAAAUGUUAUACUAAACUAUUUUUAAUGUUAUUCAUUAGUAUAUAUGAAAUGUGGGUAUCCAAAAUUUAUAUAAAUGUACGUACAUACAUAAUACUGUGUAAGCUUUACUCAUAUGUAAAAAAACACCAGCACUCAAGAACACUGUCCUGGAUGUGAUGUGUAUGUUCCCACAAAAAGAAAAUGUCCAAGCUGUUGUAACAUUCCUUGGUCUUGUUUAGUCCAAAUAAAAUAAAAAUUUACGCGAACCCUUGAGACUGAAAUUUUUAACAAAUCUGCUGUGUUGCUCAUUUUCAUCUAAUUUAUUUAUAUUGUAUGAUCAAGCAUUUUUUGACUCUGUUUUGUUUGCUUAUCACGUUAUAAAUUUAAUAGUUUAGGAUUUUAUAAUGUUAUUUUUAUUGAUUGCUAUAAAUAAACUAAUAUACAUGUGUA